ACACUUCAUCAUCUUGAAAAAUAUCAAAGCACUCACACUGGGGAGAAACACUAUACGUGUAGCCAAUAUGGGAAAACCUUUCACCUACGCAGUGGUCGUCAGAAACGUAAAAGAAUUCACAAUAGGGAAAAAGCCUAUCUAUGUAAACAAUGUGGGAAAGAAUUUAAAUACCACAAUGAAUGUAAAACACAUGAAAGAACUCACACUCAAGAGAAACCUUACGUAUGUAACCAAUGUGGGAAAGGCUUCAGCACACGCAGGUAUUGUCAAAUACAUGAAAGAAUUCACACUGGAGAGAAACCCUAUGUAUGUGAUCAAUGUGGGAAAAGAUUUAAAUCCCCCAUUGAAUGUAAAAGACAUCAAAGAACUCACACUCCAAAGAAACCCUGUGUAUGUAACCAAUGUGGGAAAGCCUUUGCUACGCCCAGUCAUUUUAAAAGACAUGAAAGAAUUCAUUUUGAGGAGAAACCUUAUGUAUGUAACCAGUGUGGGAAAGGCUUCUUCAUAUACAGUUACUGUAAAAGACAUGAAAGAACCCAUUUUGGAGAGAAACCCUAUGUAUGUAACCAAUGUGGGAAAGCCUUCAGCACACGCAGGUAUUGUCAAAUACAUGAAAGGAUUCACACUGGAGAGAAACCAUAUGUAUGUGAUCAAUGUGGAAAAGGAUUUAAAUCCCCCAUUGAAUGUAAAAGACAUCAAAGAACUCAUACUGGAGAGAAGCCCUGUGAUGCUUAUCAUCCUGACUUCUGUUCCUGAAGUUCAUCAGAGUAAUUAA